CCGCUCUCUCUCUUCUUCCUUUGAUGCUCACAAUUUGGAUUCCUUUUUACAGAUCGAUCCGAUACCCUUUUAUAGCUUCCAUUGCUUUUAAUUGAUUUCCCACACACAAAAUAAGAUCAAACCCGAUCUUCAUCUUCCAACAUCGCUCUUUUUUUUUUCAAUUUUUGUGCAAUUUGGUAAUUAGAAUUUUCGAUAUUUGGCUUCUCACUUCUGGGUUCACAUUUCUCACUGAUUUGGAUAUUUCUGCAACGAUGGUGUCGGCGAACAGAGAAAUGGCUGUUUACUGUUUCGACACUUUGGUCUCUCACUACAACAAUGAAGAGACUCCUCCACCUGCCUUUGAAGAGGCCAAUCAUCCAUUGUUUGUUACUUGGAAGAAAAUAGUGAAUGGUGGGGAGCCUCGAUUGCGUGGAUGUAUUGGUACACUGGAAGCACGCCGCUUGAUCAGUGGCUUCAAGGAUUAUGCCUUGACAAGUGCCUUGAGAGACCGCAGGUUCCCACCGAUACAGGCCAAAGAAUUGCCAUUUCUGCAAUGUACAGUGUCUGUCCUGACUGAUUAUGAAGACGCAGAAGAUUACCUUGAUUGGGAGGUAGGAAAGCACGGUAUAAUCAUUGAGUUUACUGAACCUGAGACUAACACAAAGCGAAACGCCACAUAUCUGCCUGAGGUGCCAGCUCAUGAAGGCUGGACAAAGAUAGAGGCAAUUGAUUCGCUGGUGCGUAAAGCAGGAUACAAUGGUGUAAUAACGGAAGCAGUGCGUAGGCGAAUCCAUUUAACGCGUUACCAAAGUACAUUAUUCAGCAUGCAUUAUAGCGAAUACCUUUCGUAUGUGAAGGCGACAAGGAGCGUUGGCCCGGGUAUUAAUGGGACCAUCAAGCCCGCCUUUGCCUGAUUUGCACCAAAAACAGCUGCAAAUGGAUAUGCCAUUGAUUGUGGUUUGGCUACCCCUAAUUUAUCCUCUAUCUGUCAUUUCUAAAUUGUCUGGCUCUCAUAAAAGAAACGAGACACUUCGACUUGGCUGUUUCACAAUUGUAACAUUAACUUAAUAACUUUGAUCUCUCUCGCUCUC